AUGCAGUCUCCAACCGUCACAUCAACCGAGAUGCCUUCCACAACCCCAGCGCCGGCUGGAACGAAACCUGGCCAGACAAAGAAGCCCACGAGAAGGCGGGAUCCCUUAGCAUGUGUUUCUUGUCGGAGGCGCAAGAUUCGCUGCGAUACGAUUGAAGGAUUCCCUUGCUGGAGCUGUCGCCGGAAUAAUAUCGAGUGUAUCCGACAUCCUAGCCGGAAUAAAGCGAAGCCGCAAAGCGGAAAGCCCAACGCCAAUGGCGGGGCGAAAAGUCCUCACAGCGUGACUCGGUGCCAGGCCCUUUGGCCUCGUCCUCCAGCCCGUCCUCUCCCAGGUCGCCCCUGCCCCCAGACCACGGAUAUCCUGUUCGACACGUCCCACGCGAACGCCCUCCCCUACAACUUUGCGCAACCUCUGCUCCAACUCGGCCACCCUUCUCCCCUCUCCCCACAGCCUACGCCCGCCCCCGUGAUACCCGCCUUCCUUAAGCCGAUCCCACCCAAGGUUGACGCGACGGACACGCAGUAUCUCCUGUCCAAAGGCGCCUUCACGCUCCCCGGCGUCGAGUUCCAGAAUGCCCUCCUCAAGGCCUUUAUCGAAUACGUCCACCCAUUUAUCCCCGUCCUUGAUCUCGUCGAGUUUCUCAGCAUCAUCCACAACCGCGAUGGAUCGCGUGGCCAAACGAGCUUGGUGCUGUACCAGGCCGUCAUGUUCUCCGGUUCCGCCUUUGUCAGCAUGGAAAUUCUGCACGAUCAAAAAGACGCCUGGCACUGGCUAGGAAUCGCCAUCUCCCUCGCCCGAUGCCUCGGCAUGCACCGCGACCCCGGCACCAAGAUUUGCCCGCGCACGCGCAAACUCUGGAAGCGCAUCUGGUGGUCCGCCCUCAUGCGCGACCGCCUCCUAACCCUCGGCAUGCGUCGCCCCACCCGCAUCUCCGAAGCCGACUUCGACCUGCCCAUGCUCGAGGAGACCGACUUCGAGAUCGGCGCCUUUCAGAGCAUGUGCGAGAGCAGCGUUCUCCCGGACUGCACGCUGCUGCGCGACGCGGGGAUCCAGCGGGAGCUGGCGCAGCUGUGCAUCGCCAAGGUGAAGCUGUGCGUGUACACGGGCCACAUCCUCGAGGCGCAGUACGCCCUGCGCGUCCGGGACACGGUCGAGUCCAAGGGCACGGCGGAGAGCACCAUGAUGAUUUUCCCUUCGCAGACGCUGCGGACCGAGGACAUCCACCGCGGGGACGCCGAGCUCGGCGAGUGGCUCCAGUCGCUGCCCGUGUGCUGCCAGUCGCGGCCUCUCGUGGCGCCCGUGCUCGGCCGCGGCGACGCCAAGACCACGGUCGAGAUCUCGACCCGGAAGACGCGCGAGGCGGCGCGGCGCAUCACGCAGCUGGCGGCCGAGCUGUGCCGCCUGGACUUGGAUAAGCUUCUUCCCGCCAGCGGGUGUCGGGGUUUCAUCGAGAGGUUCCGCGAGCUCUACGUCACGGCCGAUUUCGCCGCCAUGCUCCUCGAUGUCGGUCUGAAGAAGUUUGGGGCGACCUCGUCCGGUAGCGAUGCCCGUGGUGAUGCGAGGACCUCGGCGGCGCAGAUGCCCACGCCGGAGGAGUCUGAUGCCGCAAAGGAGCAGGCGCGUACCGAGGGGCAGGCGGCGGGGCCCGCUCCUGGGCUGAGGACGCUCUCCGUGUUGGAUUUGUUGCCGUGCUCACCUCCGCCGGUGGAUUUUGCUUCGGCUGACACGACCAUGGUGGAGGACGCUGGUCAUCACGGCGUGAACUCGGAGCUGCACAUCGACCUGGAGAAUAUGGAUUUGGAUAUCUUGGGGAUCUGA